GUAAAAAAAAAGACACGGCUUAUAAAUUCCCAAACUAAGGUCUGAGGUCCGAUGAGGUCUGAGAGAGUUGUGAUUUCGAAGAAACUUUUCAGAUAUCAGAUAAACUCUUCUAUUUCUAUGUCAAUUUCAACCUCCAAAGAAUGGAGCUCUACAUGUGACCCUUAAAAGACCCUGCACUCCAACUGUUCGACGAUUGGUCCCAGAGACACCUCUUUGUUCUUAUUCGGAAAUGCAGGGGACAUUCAUGUUCUUGAGCUUAAACAAGCUUCUCAAAUGUUCAAAAACUGGUUCUAAGACAUGGGUUCCAGUGAGGCACAAAUCAAGUGGAGGAAGAAGACCCAAGAAGAAAAUAUACCACAGGGUCCAUGAACUUGACAGAGUCAUGGACUUGCAAAAGAAACCAUCUUUGAUCCUUCAGCUCAAGUCCAUCAUCCAAUCCCAGAAACAGCAGUCUCUCUUUCUCAGGGACCUUGAAAAAGAAGUUGGGUUUGUUCAGAAAUGGAAUUUCAUGGCUGUCAUUGAGAAGUACCCUGCUAUAUUUUGUGUUGAAGGGGGUGGCAGUACAAACAGAACACCCCCUUCUGUUAGGCUCACUGAUAAGGCCCAAAAGAUUGCCAGUGAAGAAGGUGAAGCUAGGAACUUGAUGGAACCGAUUCUGGUUAAAAAUUUGAGGAAGUUGUUAAUGUUAUCAGUUGAUUGUAGAGUACCACUUGAAAAGAUAGAAUUCAUUGAAUCUGAAUUGGGUUUGCCAAAUGACUUUAAGGAGUCAUUGAUUCCAAAGUACCCGGAAUACUUUUCUGUGAAGGAUGUCAAUGGGAAGGCUUAUCUUAAUCUGGAAAAUUGGGACUCUUCAUUGACAGUCACUGCCCGUGAGGAAAGAGCAGCACAGGAUGGGAUUCCGGACUUUAAUGGGAGUCGGAAGCAGGUUAGAAUCUCGAAAGAUGGUAACUAUCGAGGUCCGAAUGCAUUUAGAUUGAGUUUUCCUGUAGGCUUUAGGCCUAACAAGAGUUAUCUUGAGGAAAUUGAGAGGUGGCAGAAAAUGGAUUUCCCUUCUCCAUACUUAAAUGCAAGGAGAUUUGAAGCUAAGGAUCCAAAAGCCCGAAAACGGGUGGUGGCAGUCCUCCAUGAGCUUCUCAGUUUGACUAUGGAGAAGAGAAUGACAUCUGCACAAUUGGAUGCAUUUCAUUCUGAGUAUCUGUUACCAUCUCGAUUAUUGCUUUGCUUGAUAAGGCAUCAUGGUAUGUUCUACAUUACUAAUAAAGGUGCAAAAAGCACUGUUUUUCUCAAAGAAGCUUACGAUGGUUCAAAUUUGAUAGAUAAAUGUCCUUUGUUGUUAUUUUAUGACAAAUUCAUAUCACUUAGUGGUAGAAGAGAGAUCAAUUUGAACGGCGAGAUGCCUUCUUCACAAGUUGUUACCUGAGAAUUUGCUUUGCUGAGAGAGAUUCUGUGUAAUGCUGGUAGAUAUGGACUAUGCUUGUGAGACUUGCUUUAAUGCCAUAAUUAAGUCAGUCAUUUUACAGUU